GGAACUCGGAGGGAACGUAAACCUCUACACCAGCCAAAGGAAAUGUCGUGUCGUGGUUUUUUUAGAAAUCGCAGACGAAUUUGUAAGCUCCGAUCAGCUCCAUAUUUGAUUGGCCAAGCACCACAAUCGGGACCCACCCUCAAGCCCACCGAAUUGGGAAGAACCGUCUCCGUGCAGUUGUUUUUCGCUCUGCCGAUUCCGCUGCGGUUCAUGUCAGACCAGCUCGGGUACCUAGGUAUCUUGCGUCACUACGCCAGAGCUCCAGCUUGCCUUUACGUUACUCGUUUAUUCAAAAUGGCUGCUUUAGCUUACCUCGUUUAUCUUUGUGUAGGCCCCAGGACCAGAUAGCGAAACCUUAGGAACCUUAGUCAUCCAAAUCCAGCAAAUACUUUUCUUUGACUCCAGUCAAUCCCAUCUCAUCCCAGGCGAUGGAUUGAUGUUCUCACUCAGGCUACCCUGCCGUAUCCCAGCAUCGUUACUCCGGCUGGCAAGUGGCAAUGAGCGUCACUGGUGAUGAGGGUCCCGUAGUCUGGCAUCUCACCCGGCUAUUCCGCGAGAAGCCUCUCCAGUCAGCCUCGCAAUCAGGUUUAAACAACCGUCUUGGCUUGGUUGUCCUGAACCAGCCGCUGGACCAUAUCGGCAUUCUGCGAAGAUUCUGGGAUAAUACCUUUGUGCAUGUUGCCGCCGAUGGAGGGGCCAAUUGUGUGUAUGAGGUGGGCGCUGCGCGAGGAGACGCCUCAUUCGACAACCUACACGUCGUGAUCGGCGACCUUGACUCGCUGAGGGACGAUGUCCGGGAGUACUUCGAGUCGAGGCCGCAUCCUACCAAAGUCAUUCAUGAUCCGGACCAAUAUGCGACCGAUUUUGGCAAGGCUGUGAGGUACAUCAGAAACUCCCAGUCCACACCUGUGGACAUCGUUGCCAUUGGCGGCUUGGGAGGCCGGGUUGAUCAGGGCUUGAGUCAGCUUCACCAUCUCUAUCUCUUCCAGACGGCUCCUCGGUACGCCGACGGACGGAUAUAUCUUGUAUCCGGCGAAAGCAUCACGUUCUUGCUAAAGGCAGGGAAACACCAUAUUGAGGUCCGAGGCGGUGGUGAAGAGGUAUUCGCGAAGCAUGUCGGCAUAUUGCCCAUCAAGGAGCCGAGUCGUAUAUCUACCAAAGGUCUCGAAUGGGACGUCAAGGACUGGGAAACGCAGUUUGGGGGCCAGCUGAGCACAAGCAACCAUAUCCUGCCAGAGACGGAAGUGGUCGAGGUCGAGACCACCAAGGAUGUAUUGUUCACCGUCGCUUUGAAGCGGCUUGAACAUUGCCCAAUUAAGCCAAUCUAGGCGGCACUGAGCCUCAGUCCCCAAUAAAGCUAUACAAUAUGAGAUGCCCGAGACAAAGCCGAACCGAAACGCCCCGCUAAUAAAGGUCCAUCAAUCGCCCGUGACCGUAGAGAUACAGGUCCUUCCCACUCCCGUCCAUCCUUCAUCGAAGGUAGUGUAAUACCAGCCAGCAAAACCCGAAAAAGGCGACGACACCUAUCCCGAAUAUCAACUUGUCUUGCCGCGCCCUCCUCUCAACCAUGCGUAUGGUUUGCCCCGACAGGCCUAGGGUGUUCGCUACCGAAUAGAGCCGCUUCUGGCUGUUCUUCAGGGUCUCCCGCUGACUUCCCAGGUCGCCCAAGACCUCCCUCCCCCUCGAAAUGUAUUCAUCAAGCGCAG